AUGAAGCUGGUGGUUCUAUUCAUGUUGGUCACCAUCCCCAUUUGCUGCUACGCCAGUGGUUCUGGCUGCAGUAUUCUAGAUAAUGUUAUCAACGCUACAAUUGACUCAUCUGUGUCCGUGGAUGAUUACCUGAAAUUGGUUGAUCCAUAUGUACACACAAGUUUUGGUGAAAAUGCCAUGACUCAAUUAAAACAAUGUUUUCUAGACCAAGACCAGGAGACUCUGGACAAUGUUGAUGUGAUGAUGAAUGUAAUAUACAACAGCCAACAAUGUCCACAGUCAUCGUAA